AUGGACAACGAAUUAGAUCCAGGACCCUCCAUCAAAGGUCAGGAUGAGGAUCGCCUUGCAGAACUAGGGUACAAGCAAGAGCUAAAGCGCAAUUGGUCACUGCUACACAACUUUGGUGUCUCCUUCUCCAUCAUUAGCAUCAUCACCGGGAUCACUACUCUGUUCGAGUAUGGACUGUCCACAGGUGGACCAGGCGUCAUGUCCGUCGGUUGGAUCGUCGUCUGCUUUUUCACCUUCUUCGUCGCCCUCGGUAUGGCGGAGAUCGUAUCUGCCAUUCCCACCAGCGGAGGUCCCUACUUCUGGGCUGCCAUCUUAGCCCCAGAUGACAAGUCAGCUUUUUACUCUUGGAUCACAGGCUGGUUCAAUCUGCUCGGCCAGGUUGCGGUAACGACUGGCAUCACAUUCGGCUGUGCAGAACUCAUUUCCACAACUGCAACUAUAGGUACCAGCUACACGGCAACUGCAGGCAAGACGAUUGGAAUCUAUGCCGCUCUUCUGAUAUCGCAUGCACUUACCAACAGCUUCGGCGUUUCUUUCCUCCGAUAUCUCAACAACACGUCUAUCCUUCUCCACUCGGUUGGAGUUACAUGUUUCGCCAUUGCCAUAUUGUCUAAAGCACCAAUCCACCAGUCGGCCAAGGCAGUCUUCGCUACCUUCUACGAUGGAACAGGAGAGACCCCGUCGCCCGGUUGGAGCGUGCGAGCCUCACCUGCUUAUGUUGCCGUAUGUGGUGUUUUAAUGGCACAGUAUACCAUCACUGGUUUCGACGCUUCCGCCCACUUGUCCGAGGAAACAAACAACGCAGCAUGGAAUGCACCGCUUGGGGUGCUCAUGUCCGUAGGAGUGUCGGCAGUCUUCGGCUUCUUCCUCCUCAUUUCGCUCCUCUUUUGCAUCCAAGAUUUUGCAACUACCGUCGACAGUUCAGUCGGCCAGCCAGUAACGCAGAUCUUGAUUGAUAUUUUCGGGGACAAAGGUGCUAUCGCUCUGAUGACCCUCAUCAUAGUGUGUGUUUGGCACGCUGGGCUUUUCUCCAUGACUUCGAAUUCUCGAAUGAUGUUCGGCUUCGCUCGCGACCGCGGCUUACCUCCAUUCUUUACUACAGUGGAUGCGAGGUUUGAGGCACCCAUCAGGACAAUCUGCUUGGCAGCCUUUCUUGCAUUCCUACUUGCCAUACCUUCGCUUGGCUCCAGUGUUGCGUUCUCGGCGGCUACGUCUAUCGCCACCAUUGGGCUAUACCUGUCAUAUGGCCUUCCCAUCCUGAUCGGUCUCAUCUAUCCAGCCAAUUUCAAAAAGGGCCCAUUCAACUUGCGUGCUGCGUCACGACCGAUAGCCGCUGUGGCCUGCCUAUACAUUGGCUUCAUCACUAUCGUGUUCUGUUUGCCAGAGCUAAAUCCUGUCAACAGCCAAACAUUGAACUACACACCUGUUGCCGUCGGAAUUGUAGCUCUAUGGGCUUUCGGUAGCUGGUUCUUGUGGGCGCGGAAGUGGUUUACUGGACCCAUCAGGCAGAUCGAAGCGGAAAGAAUGGGCAUCCCGGUCAUUGAAGAUCCUGCAGCCUUUGACAAAUACGAGCGUGACGGGAAGACGGAUGGGAACGUGAGCAUUAAGGCUCCGCUGUAG